ACCAUUUUUAUUUCCAUUUCUGUGAGUUGUCCUCUUUGUCACCCUUCUUUUUUACGAAGUUUUCCAAGUAAUUACUUGCGUCGUUAUACGUUUUAUGUUGCAACUAUAACAGUACCGGCCAUUUUUAUUAUUAGGUAUAGCGUAUAAGUUGUGUAGACUGCAGGAAUCCGUUUUUUAACCGUUUUUCCGGUUUCUUCCAGGUAACAUGAGCUCCAACAUUUCUCCGUCAAGUAUCAAUAAUACGCUAAAUGACAGCAGACCACCAGCUAAUGUCGAACCAUACCGCCGGAAGAAUUCUAGACUACCGCUAGUCAAUUUUGACUUAAGACGAUAUAAGUCAACAUACUAUCGGCGUCUAAAAAAGUACAAUCUGGAUUGGAAGAAGCGUGUAGAAGAAUCAUAUGCGAAAAUUCUUGCAAGUGAACCACAACCUGAAACAAUGGCAGGAAACAUGGUUACUCCCCAACAAAUUAUCGUUCCAGUUGAUGUUCCUUGUAAUAGCAUGGCACCUCCACCGUCAUUUGAUGAGCAUUUACCGAAUGAACAACUGUCUGCAACAGAGGAAGUUGACCAAACCGAGUGCACUCCAGUGGAUUCUGUUCGCAACGUCGUCUAUAGAUGCAAGCUGAAUAUGACUACUACUCGUAUUUUGCUGGAAGAAUUAAGGCCACAUCUUCGUGAACUGCCGACUGACCCUCGGACAUUGAUGAGGACUAAAGACGUUUUAGAAAGGAGAGCAGUUGGUCCUGGAAUAUAUGUUCACAUUGGUCUUCGUCGUCAGAUUUUAUCUCGGUUACAAAUUGUCAAAUGUAAAGUCUCUGUGCCAAUUGCUCUUCAGCUGAACAUUGAUGGUGCCCCAAUUUUCAACAACUCCAAAUUACAGAUGUGGCCAAUACAAGGAAAGUUACUUUUGUCGGGCUGUGACAAGGUAUUCUUGGUAGGAGUCUACUGUGGUUCGUGUAAACCUUUAAGUAUACACAGUUUUUUGAGGGACACUAUCAUCGAAUAAGAAAACAUUUGUGCCAAUGGUGUCACAUUACCCAACAAUCAUCGCAUAGACAUUGUACUUAAGGCCGUCAUCUGUGAUACACCAGCAAGAGCACUAGUUAAGCAAAUAAGUGGUCACAAUUCAACACAAGGAUGCGAUAAAUGUGAGGCUUUAUGCUGUCGUGCUAAUCAUCGCAUGGUUUUUCCUACUACAUGUGCUGCUUUAAGAACAGACAUGUCUUUUCGCAACCAAACUUUGCCAUGUCACCAUAAGGGUAAAUCUCCUUUCGAGAGAUUGCAUGUAGACAUGAUCACUGUUUCCCCUAUAGAUAGCAUGCAUCUCAUAUACUUAGGUGUAGUUCGAAAGUUGAUUGGCCUGUGGAAAUCCAUGGCCACAUCUAGGGCAGAUGGCAUGCAUCCUACGAUAUUGAACACUGUUAACUGCAAACUACUCGGCUCACACAAGCUGACUCCUUUUGAAUUCCAGCGUAAGUGUCGAACAUUAGACGACAUUGACCAUUGGAAAGCAACGGAGUGUAGGCUUUUUCUUUUAUAUUUAGGAGUGGUAUACCUUAAAGACGUAUUACCACCUUGCUUUUAUGACAACUUCUUCGAUUUAUUCUUGUCAUGUUACAUCUUAAGUCACCCGGCUUAUUCUUCCUAUUACCUAGAUGACGUGAAGGGUUUAUUAUUGAAAUUCGUUGGGAACUUUAGGUCAUUAUUUGGGGAGGAAAACAUGGUAUACAAUAUCCAUGGAUUACUUCAUAUUUGUGAGGACGUGAAACAGCACGGACCACUGGACACUUUCUCAUGUUUCCCAUUUGAAUCGAACAUGCGUUUUCUCCAGACUCUAGUCAAAGGUCCCAAUAACCCAGCAGUUCAGAUAGGUAAACGCAUAGGAGAAAGAUGGUUAGUC